GCAUUUUCUUCUUUUCUGUCUUUUCUUUAUGUAAUGAGACCGGUUUCAGUUGUAUGGGAGAUGUAUUUAGGUAUUUUCUUGUUAAUUUGUCAUCAUCCAGUCAUAUUUUAUUAAAGAUAUACCUACCAUAAUAAUACGCAGUUAUAGCAAAAACAAUACGCACGUAUAAGUAUUUCGGUCGAUGCUAGGUGGCGCUCCUGUCACUUUGUUUUGUUUAUGUUUUCGUUCAAAAGUUUAACGUCCAUCAUUGAUUUAAAACUGUGGGAUUAAAAUGAAUAAUCAUCUAAAUGAAGAUACUGGCCAUGUUCUCGAUACUACCAUUGCAAGAGAACAGUUUGAGCGGCUAGCUUCAGCGGCCACCGCGUCUCAGACCCUGGAGAAGCUGAACAUCAGCGCAUCCACCCUGCCGAGUGCGAGCCGGGGCCUGAUGGUGCGCCUCGCCGCCGCCGCGCGGGGGGCGUCCCCGGGGCCGCUGGGGCCGCCCCCCGACCCCGCGGGGCUGGCGCUGCGCCGCGCCGCCGCCACCGCACAGGCUCUAGACGACGACUACCAGAUCCUCACGCUGCAGCACAAGAUAAAGGAGGUGCAGCUCAAGAUCAACAGGAAUGCUAAGUUCAUCUCGAGCCUCACCUCCACGCUGUCAGAGGCGCGCGGCGGGGCCGGGGUCGCGGGGGGCGCGGCGGGGGUCGCGGGGGGUGCGGGGGGCGCGGCGGAGCGGCUCGCGGCCGACCUGCGCGCGCACCGACACAAGCUCACCGCCUACAAGGACAGCGCUGAUAAGGCCAAGAACAAGUACUCGAUGCUGGAAGUGGCGGGCGAGUUGGAGCCGGGCGUGUUGCGAGAGGGCUGCGCGCGCGCGGCGGCGGCGGCGGCGGCGGCGGCGCGCUGGGCGCGGGCGGCCGAGGACACGGAGUGCACGCGCCGGCUGCGGCAGCAGACCUUGAAGCUGCAGCUGUCGUGAUGACUAGUGGUUUUUUUCCUCUAGUGGUUUUUCUCCUCAGUGGUGAUGACGAUACAGCAUGUAGUAGGUCUAUGCGAGACAGGGACACAAUGCAGAGGCUCGCAAGAGUAUUUUUCUGUGAUUUGUAAUCUGCGAUCAGUUUCAAUCAAAUAGAUACAUUUCAUACAUUUUACAGAACUUUACGCGAUUACAGUAGAUGUCUCUACUGGUUCCUGCACAUAAUCAGACAAGUUAUUUAAGAGGGUCAAUCUAAACAACUUUUGUUUUAUAAAGUUUCUGAAAUACACCGCCUGAGUCAUCACACCCUUUCCGUUGGGCCAC